AUGGCUGCUCAGCAGCUACUCAAGCAAAAGAACAAGCCCUCUAAGGAGGCAGUGCUGUUCCCUGAGAGCAUCAGCACAGAGCAGCAGUCCCUGGUGCUGGUGAAAAGGCUCCUGGCCAUCUCUGUGUCCUGCAUAACCUACAUGAGGGGGCUGUUCCCAGAGAGCUCCUAUGGCACUCGCUAUCUGGAUGACCUCUGUCUAAAAAUUCUCCGAGAAGAUAAAAGCUGUCUGGGAUCAUUGCAGAUAGUCAAGUGGAUUCAAGGUUGUUUUGAUGCUUUGGAGAAGCAGUAUCUACACGUGGCUGUCCUUGCAAUUUACAUCAAUCCCGAGACAGUCACUGAAAUGUAUCAAUUCAAAUUCAAGUACAAAAACAAGGUGCCCCAGAUGGACAUCAGCAGCAACCACAGGGAGUUUGUGGCUGGGCUGUGCAGCAAGGAUGUCAAACGUGCCAGCAGGCUCCUGCUCAGGACCCUGUACCUGCUCAUGCAGGACCUGGGGCCACUGCCCAAUGACAUCACCCUGAGCAUGAAACUCCUCUACUACAACCACGUCACUCCCAAGGAUUACCAGCCCCCUGGCUUCAAGGAAGAUGGCAGCCCUGGUGACCUCUUGUUUGCUGGGGAUCCCAUCAACCUGAAAGUGGGCUCAGUCUCCACUGAUUUCCACCUCAUGAAAGUCAGAGUGACAACUGAGAAGAAGAGGGUGAAGAAGGCUGACAGCAACCUGAUCCAGAAGAAUGGCCCUACUGAGAUCUCCCACCAAGGGCUGGACUGCGAGGAGGAUGAGGAGGAGGAGGAGUGCACAAAGAAUCACCCUUGUCCUGUCAGAGCAGAUUCAAAUGAGCAUGAAGGGGACAUAAGUGACACUCAUCCAGGUAGAAAAACAGAAGCAUCUUCUUUUUGCCUUGAAGAUAAAGGUAAAUGCCCAAAGAGAGGAAUCAAGGAGACAGACAGGAUGCCUUGCUCAAGGGCAUGUCAGGAGAUAAACCUCCUGAACCUUGCCUUCAGCCAGGAAGAGGUAAUAGGACCUGAGAAGAAAAGGAAGGUCAGUGAACCAGAGAAGCUGCCUCUGAAUGGCAGGAAAUUAUGUUCGUUCUGA